GGUCAGAGGGAUGCAACAGCUAUUCCCGUCCUCCCCUGUACGUUUGCAUUUAUUAUUGACCUUUCUCGAUGUAUGCAUUGCUGGCUAGGUGAGCGGUUAGUGCCUAUCACUCCUCGCCGCUGAGAAGUUGGUGGUGAGGCACAAGGAUGAACAAAGCCAUGUUGCUGCCUGUAUGUUCGUUUUCACCUGCGCAUCGCAAACCAAGGCAUUAGUUCCUUUGUGUGCAAUAUUAUCCUCUUGCAAUCUGACCUCUCAAACACUCAGUUGUGAGACACUGAAAUUAGGAAUGUACUCGAUGGCCUUGUUUGACACAUCAGCUGCACACCAUAUGUUGCACUGAAAGGUAGAAGUGUUGCUAAAACUUGACUCAAGCUGCUUGUGAAGAUUUGCCUGAUCUCGUUUGAUGGUUGAAAGGAAGGGAAGCUUCCUUCCUGAAUGCAGGUUUGUCAAAAAGCACCUUUACAUCUCAAUUUAAGGUUGCGUAGCCAGAUCGCGAAAGGAGACGGAAUGUCAGUAAUGGGAAAGGUUUGGUCCGGAAGGAGUCCACUGCCAGGUUGAAGAUUGCCAAGAACUCUGCAUGGACUUGGUUCUCUGCUUGUUAUUAGUGACAGUGUCCAUUCGUGCUGGAGGUGAUGCAUGUCCAGCAUUGGAGAUUUAGUUUGUCAUAGAAAUCAGCGUUAGUUAUUGUAAGGACAAGUGAAUGCAGCUCCUCUGAUUGUUUAAUGGUUCCAGUUACUGUGAUGAUUUUCCCUUCCGGCACUGCCAGACAUCUUGUUGACGGGCUGGGCUUGGCUUGUCGAGUGCCUUUGAGGAUUAUGAUUAAUUGGUACUGAGGAAACGAAGCAGAGGAGAAAUUGAGAGGAUGUUUGAAAGUGGUUGUCUUGUUUUAUUGGAUCUCCUGAAGGCGACACUAGAUAUCCACAGUUGAAGGGUGUACUGUGCACUGUCCAACCAACGCAAAAGGAUUGCAGUGACGUGGACAGGUGCAGCAUCAGUUGUCGCAGAUCAAGUGGAGACAACAUGAGUUGAUGUUAUUCUCAACAUGUCAUUAAUCAUUGCAGAACCAAACCCUGUGAACAAUGUAAUCGUUCUGAAUCACACCACUACUUCAGUUACUCUGAGCUGGGACCAACCAUUCGACCACAAGCCGGAGUAUACCUAUAAGGUGGCAGUGAACGGAAAUCUCUCAACAAAUGUGACUGAGAAUGAAUUCAUCACUGUGACUCAACUGAAUCCAGGAACAAGAUACAUUUUUAGGGUGUUCACGCUGACGGCAGAUAACACGUCAGCAGAUCCCGUCACUGUCUCUUCGACUACAGUUCCUUCCAAGCCAGGAGCCAUUAAUGUGACAGCCUUAAGCAACAGUUCCAUCUCCCUCAGCUUAGGAAGACCCGUGGACAUGGAGGUCAACCAGUACAAUUUCAGCAUCACAUACAGGGCUGCCAACCGUUCCGAUGGUUCCUUGAUUGAAAGUUCAAAUUCCACCACAAUCCAAGGUCUGCAAUCUGGAACCAAUUACACCAUAGUUGUGACUACUAUUGUUCUCGGUGGAGUGAAGAGUGAAGCUGUGGUUCGAAGUCAGUUUACACGUAAGUGGGGUGAAAUUUCCCUCGUAGACUGGGUUGCAGCCCGAAUGUGAGAAGCAAAUAAGAAAGGACAAUCUUCCAGGUGGUGAGAUCAUUGGAUUCAAGAAUGUAUUUUGGAGAUGGUGCAGGGUGUUUGGUUGAAGGUGUUCUGCAGAGACCUCGGAUGGAUACAGCUUUUCUGAUGAAUGAUUAAUCAGUUAGAAUUGUUGCUCCUUAACCUCGAUACGAGAGAGACAUUUCUCGUAUCUUAACUGGCCUUCCUGUGGCAAAUGCAGCAGAAUAAUUGGCCGCGGUUACGUUCUUGCUAGGGAGUUAAACAUUGUUGGAGAGGAAUGUUGCAGUCUAGUUUGUGUUAGGACUGAAUCACCUUUUGACUUUGAGCUUGUUGAGUAUUGCUCUGGAUGAGUUCGUUCCAAUUAUUAACGUUAUCAACAAUUACAAAUUGAAUCAUGACACUUCAUUGAAGUUAGAGGCACGUAUCAGGAUGCCAUUAAAUCUCAUCUGGGGCAGUCUUCCCAAUCUUGAGCCUGACAUUCGCUGCAGCUUGGAGAUGAGGGCAAGUCCGUCGUUGGAUAAAAAAAAUUGUAAUGACUGCACUUGUGAGGAGAGAGAAUGUGGAAGCCUGCUUCUCAUUUUAAGUGUCUCAACUUCUUGGCGCAUGAAAUACGAACAGCUCUCAAAGAGUGAAUACAGUUUCAAAGGCUCAGGUUUCACAUGUGAGAUGGCAGGGCUUAAGUACAUGAGCUGUUCAUUGAGGUGUUAUGCUGUGGUUCUAAAUCAGUUUGCGUCUAAGUGGGAUGAAAUUUUCCUUCUGAGUUGGAGGGUGUAGGCCACAGGCGAGAAGCAAGUAAGAAAGGAACGUGUUUCAGCUUGUGAUCAUUGGAUUUGGGAAAGUAUUUGGGAGGCAGUGUCAGAUAUUUCGUUGCAGGUGUUCUGCAGAAUGUUCAGUUGGCUGCAGCUUUUCUUAUGUAUGUGCAGCUGGUUUCUCUGCCUGAGUUAUAAUAGGUGCUCUCUCACCUUGGCACUGGAGCCGUGCUUGUAAUAUUUGAAGUGGUCUUCCGGUGGAUCAACACGAUGGAAUAAUUGACAGGAGACACAUUUUUGGUGGAGAGUUACAGCAGCAUAGCUUGUAUUAAUAUUGAUCAGUUUUGAAUGUUAUGAAGUGGCUAGGCAUUACUCUGGUUAAGAUGGAUCCAGUCAGUGGCAUCUCAUCAAUGCUUGCAAACCAAAUCCGUGUCUUCUUGGUGAAAUUUAAGUCUCGUAACCAGUGUCUUCUUGGUGAAACUUAAGUCUCGCAACAACGUGUCAUUAAAACUCAUCUGGAACAUACUUUCCCAUCUCGAGCCUGACUCUUUCUACAGAUUGGAGAAGAGGGCAAGUGUAUCUUGUAGUCAAAAGGCUUCGAAUGACUAUAGUUGUGUGGAGAUGGAAUGCUGGAAGCUGCUGCUCCUACGGGUUACCGCUUGUUGGCACCUAAUGCACAAACAACUCCUGUUAGCAGAUAUUUUUCUUCAGGUCGUCAAUGCAAUUUUCAAGGCUCAGGUUUCACAUGACAGGUGGCAUGGCUUUAAGUACGUGGGUCAGAGGGAUGCAACAGCUAUUCCCGUCCUCCCCUGUACGUUUGCAUUUAUUAUUGACCUUUCUCGAUGUAUGCAUUGCUGGCUAGGUGAGCGGUUAGUGCCUAUCACUCCUCGCCGCUGAGAAGUUGGUGGUGAGGCACAAGGAUGAACAAAGCCAUGUUGCUGCCUGUAUGUUCGUUUUCACCUGCGCAUCGCAAACCAAGGCAUUAGUUCCUUUGUGUGCAAUAUUAUCCUCUUGCAAUCUGACCUCUCAAACACUCAGUUGUGAGACACUGAAAUUAGGAAUGUACUCGAUGGCCUUGUUUGACACAUCAGCUGCACACCAUAUGUUGCACUGAAAGGUAGAAGUGUUGCUAAAACUUGACUCAAGCUGCUUGUGAAGAUUUGCCUGAUCUCGUUUGAUGGUUGAAAGGAAGGGAAGCUUCCUUCCUGAAUGCAGGUUUGUCAAAAAGCA